UUUGCCUUUGUUUUACCUGCAUGGGUAUUUUUUUUUUUUUACAUGCAUGGGUAUUUUUGCCUACCUGCAUGUCUUGUGCAUUGCAUACAUGCAGUAUCCCAGUAAGCCAGAAGAGAGCGUUGGAUCCCGUAGAACUGGAGUUACAAGGGAUUAUGAGAUGCUAUGUGGGUGUUGGGAAUCAAACUUUUGUCUUCUGGAAGACCAGUCAGCACUCAAAUGAUGAACUAUCUCUCUAGCGCCCCCCACCCCAACAUACACUGUUUCUUUAUAAACAAAAGACUUGAUUUUGUUCAAAAAGGGCAGUUAAUAGCAUUGAAAUUAAGGGUGUGUGUGUUGGGUGGGAUCGGACGCUGAGCCUAAUGCAUGAUAGACAAGAGCUACAUACAGAGAUACUAAAAACCAUUCUGCGCUCUAACGACUGCAGUUGUUGGGGAAGGGCGGAAAUGCAGGUUUUAUGGAUUCAGGAAGUGUAUCAUUUCACGGUCCUCCUCAGGCCUUACUUUUGAUUGGUUGGUUAGGGGGCGUGACUUCAGCUUUCUAAUACAAAUGGUCGGCGUGGGUGCCUGCUUGCAUGGUAGAGCGUUCGGGUGAUCGGAAGUGUGCCUACUUCAGUUCCUUGGUUACAAAGGGACCGGAAGUGUGACUUUCUUUUACGAAUCUGCCAAACAGGACCGAUACAGAGACCUAAGUGACUUGAGGACGGUGCCGUCAUCGUAAUGGAACCGUAGACCAUUCCCAGCCUAGAUCUUAGGGUUCUGGGAAUUUUUUUCCCCAGGGCCAUGGCGGACUCGAAGCUUCUGGUACCAGAGCUAAGCGACGCAGAGUCGAUGGGUGAUGAGACGGUGCGGUUUCAGGAGCUGCUACUGCAGGCCUCCAAAGAGCUCCAGCAAGCCCAGACACACAGGCCAGAAUCUACACAGAUCCAGCCCCAGCCUGGUUUCUGCGUAAAGACCAGCUCAGCGGAAGGAAAGGUUUUCAUCAACAUCUGCCACUCCCCCUCCAUCCCGCCCCCGGUGGAUGUGACCGAGGAGGAACUGCUUCAGAUGCUGGAGGAGGACCAAGCCGGCUUCCGAAUCCCCAUGAGCCUGGGAGAGCCACACGCUGAGCUUGAUGCAAAAGGCCAGGGCUGCACAGCCUAUGAUGUCGCCGUCAAUAGCAACUUCUACCUGAGGAUGCAGAACAGCGAUUUCCUGCGAGAGCUAGUGGUCACCAUUGCCAGGGAGGGCCUUGAGGACAAGUAUGGUUUACAGCUAAAUCCAGAAUGGCGCAUGUUGAAGAACCGACCUUUCCUGGGCUCCAUCUCACAGCAGAACAUCCGUUCCCGGCAGCGUCCUCGGAUCCAGGAGCUGGGGAGCCUGCAGGGUGCAGAACGGCCUCACCUGAACCUUUGGUUGGAAGCCCCUGACCUCCUCUUGGCUGAAGUCGACCUCCCCAAGCUGUUGGUGCUGAGGACUGAUGCCACAGCCACGCAUGCUGUGACCUUGUGGAGCGCACCGCUUCCCAAAGCUAGGGCAUGCGGCCUGACUCUACCUCAUCACCAGGAUGGACCUCAAGGGCUGACACUGGAGAUAGGAGAGAGUUGCCUGGUGAUGGGAGGUCCUCAGCAACUGUACCACCUCAAUGCCUCCAUUCCCCUGCGGAUCAACCCUGAGGCCAGCAGGGCUGCCUUCCAUCAUAGGAGAAAGCAACUGAUGGUGUCCAUGCCCCUCCUGUCAGUGUCUUGACCAGAGUCCCUUGUAUUUCCAGAUGUGGAGAUGAUGUUGGUGUCUUCUCUAAAUGUGAAAUAAACAGUUUUUCCAGUUC